AUGGGAAAUGUCGUUGUUUCGUAUUUUGUCUAUGAAGCUCCCCAUCUUCAACUACCGGAUUUGGUGAUUUGUCCAUUCAAUCGAUUCAAUCGAACAUUUCUCGAAAGUCACAAUAUUUCCGAUGGAUUAAUUCAAUAUAUGGAACUCUCAUUUCCCAUUCCAAUAUUGCAUUCAUUUCAAAUCAAAGCCUUUUACGAUGAGAGAGAGAAGCUUACCCUUCACGACAACGAAUUGGAAGAGCUUUUGUUGAGAAUGGGCAAUAUAAGUUAUAGAGAUUUCUUAAAUAAGGCGUCUCUGCCAUGUGAAGCGUUUAUGAACAAUCCAUCCGAUUGUGUGAAUAGCACUGAAGUCUAUAGUUCGACGGGAAAAUGCUAUCGGAUACCGGGAGAGACUCAAAUUACAUUGAAAUUUUCGUUCUAUUCCGGAUUUGGGCAAGGCUAUCGUCGAAUCAUCAAUCUACCCACAGAACACUAUAGCCCUGCAGUAAAUCAGGUCCCAAACGACGGACUCAUUAUAAGGCUUGUUGAGAAGGGAUUGGACAUCGAUAAUGAUCUCACGUUUGUCCCUAUAGGUGUGCAUGCGCUUUUUCCUAUCACAGCCGUCAAAUAUGAGUUCAUGAAUGAUCCACCAAAGUAUACAUGUCAUGAGGAGGGGAAUAAGACAUACAGUUCUGUUUACUGUCUUGAGGAAUGUUUCAUGGCAGCAGCGGAGCAACAAUGCAAUUGCUCAGUUGUCGCCGCGACCAUGCCUCAAAGAGAGCGAACAUGUACGACAAAAGAGUUUUACACUUGUUUCUUGAUGGGAGCACAAGAUUUAUGGUCUUCUGAAAGGAAGAAGAAAUGUCGACUUCAAUGUCCACUCCCGUGCACAUAUUGGGAAUACGAAAAACAGAUCUCGUUUGCAAGUUUCCCCUCAAAAUCAGCUCGUCAAUUUGUGAAAGAUGAGAAAGAGUGGGAGAAACUACAAUCAACGAUAAUUCUCGAGAUCUAUUUCAAAGAUCUCAAAUAUACAUCGAUUAAACACGUAGUAGCGAUGCCGUUCCAAUCAUUGAUUGCACAGAUUGGUGGUCAAUUCGGUCUAUGGGCUGGUGGAAGUGUGAUUUGUUUACUCCAAACGAUCAUCUAUACAUCCCGUCAUUUAUAUUAUCGCUGCAGUAAA